CUCUCCUCCCUCCUCCUGAAGCCAGCUCGUCUCUAUCAACAGAUUUGUUUUUCUGAUCAGAGAGAGUGAAACUAUUUGACAGUCACCAUCACUGAGAGGUGAAAUGGCGCAGAAAGGAGUUGAGCUGGACCGAGAAACCUUCUCUUGUUCCAUCUGUCUGGAUCUACUGAAGGAUCCGGGGACUCUUCCCUGUGGACACAGCUACUGCAUCAACUGUAUUCAAAGCUUCUGGGAUGGAGAGGAUGAGAAGAGAAUCUACAGCUGCCCUCAGUGUGGGCAGAGCUUCACACCGAGGCCUGUCCUGAGGAAAAACACCAUGUUAGAAGUUUUAGUGGAGGAACUGAAGAAGACUGGACUCCAAGCUGCUGCUGCUGAUCACUGCUAUGCUGGAGCUGAAGAUGUGGCCUGUGAUGUCUGCACUGGGAGGAAACUGAAAGCCUUCAAGUCCUGUCUGCAGUGUGUGGCCUCUUACUGUGAGAAACACCUCCAGCCUCAUCGUGACUCGGCUCCAUUACAGAAACACAAGCUGGUGGAGCCCUCCAAGAAGCUGCAGGAGAACAUCUGCUCUCGUCAUGAUGAGGUGAUGAAGAUGUUCUGCCGCACUGAUCAGCAGUGUAUCUGUUAUCUCUGCUCUGUGGAGGAACAUAAAGGCCACGACACAGUGUCAGCUGCAGCAGAAAGGACUGAGAGGCAGAGAGAGCUGGAGGGGCGUCGACAAAACAUCCAGCAGAGAAUCCAGGACACAGAGAAAGAUGUGAAGCUGCUCCAACAGGAGAUCACCGAGCUGAAGAGGAAAGAUGCUGAGCUGGAGCAGCUCUCACACAUGGAGGAUCACACCCAGUUUCUACACAACUACCCCUCACUUUCAGCACUCAGUGAAGCCACACACUCAUCCAGCAUCAACAUCUGUCCUCGCCGCUACUUUGAGGACGUGACAGCGGCUGUGUCAGGAGUCAGAGAUAAACUACAGGACGCUCUGAGGGACACACAGACGAACGUCUCACUGAGAGGGACUGAAGUGGAUGUUUUACUGCCACAACCAGAGCCCAAGACCAGAGCUGAGUUCUUGAGAUAUUCAUGUCACAUCACACUGGAUCCAAACACAGCACACACAGAGCUGUUAUUGUCUGAGGGGAACAGGAAAGUGACACGAAUGAGUGAACAACAGUCUUAUUCUGAUCACCCAGACAGAUUCACUUACUACUGUCAGGUCCUGAGUAGAGAGAGUCUGACUGGACGUUGUUACUGGGAGGUGGAGUGGAGAGGGAGAGUUAAUGUAGCAGUCGCAUACAAGAAUAUCAGAAGAGCAGGUUUAUUUGGACACAAUGACAAAUCUUGGAUCUUAAGAUGUGCCAAAAACAGUUAUAACUUUCGUCACAACAGUAUUCAAACUCCCGUGUCAGGUCCUUGGUCCUCCAGAGUAGGAGUGUACCUGGAUCACAGUGCAGGUAUUCUGUCCUUCUAUAGCGUCUCUGAAACCAUGACUCUCCUCCACAGAGUCCAGACCACAUUCGCUCAGCCUCUCUAUGCUGGACUUUGGCUUCUUAAUGAUGGAGACACAGCUGAGUUGCGUCAAGUCAAUUAGUCAGGAGUCAUUUAAUGGUUAAACUCUGUGUUUGGUCUCCAUGUUUGUUGCUGACAGCUGAUUGUUGUGGCGUUUCUUCACUGCACACAGAUCAGCUGUCAGUCAAACAUUGUGGGCGGGACUUUGACAUCUUCUCCUGAGUUGUUGUGUAAAUGUUUGAGUGUGUGUAGGUGGCGCUCCUUCCUGUGUGUGUCACCUCCUUUAUCCUCCACACUUUGUUCUCUUUGUGUUCAUCUGUAAAGAAAUCUAUAAUCACAUUUCUUUGUUUGGCAGACCAAAUGUUGUUGUUAUGAGGUUUUAUAGAAGUGUAAUGAUCCUGAUCAUAAUCAAUAAGGACAUCAUUCAUUAUUGUCUUGUACACAGCUGAGAUUCUUGUGUGGAUGAAGUGAAUCUGAGCAUGAAAUCACUGAACAAGAGUCAUUUAAUAGUGUUUGCUUUCUGUUGUUGUGUCCAUGAACAUCAAAUAAAUUUGGAUGCAGAUCAUAA